ACCUGUCCACGCGCACACCGGAUCGCAAAUGACUGGGCAAGGCGAGCCACUUAUAAGUAUACCAAAAUGCGCUCUUUACAACGUCUCGCCUCGCGAUGAUGAUGUGGUGGUGGCGGGGGUGGGAGACCUGAGUGUUGGCUACCCGGCGGCUGCGGCGGGGUCUGGCACGAACCCGGGUCUGGAGGCGCGGGUGGGCGAAGUGUCCUGGCCCCUGAGCCCCCAAGUGGCUGCACUGAGGUACGACGACCACACCUACAGCUUCACAAUCUCCCAGGCCCAGCAGCAGUCGGGCCACUACUACUGUCUGUCGCUGCCGCCGGAUGCGGCCGCCCAGCUCGUGGACCUGUUGCAGGUGGGGGCGUGGGGCCCAGGGGGUGGACCUGUUGCAGGUAGGGGCGUGGGGUCCAGGGGGCCCAGAGGGUGGGGUGGUGGGGCCCAGCUCGUGGACCUGUUGCAGGCUGUGCUGGCGUCUUCGUGCGCCUACCACGACGCCGUGAACCUCCAGCAGCAACAGGUGCAGCAGCAGCAGCAGCAGCAGCAACACGUGCCGUCAGAAGCAGCUGCAGCCCUGGGCGUACCGGCGCGCGAGGCAACUGGGCCGGCCACCACCGCUCCCACCACCGACGCCACCGCCGGCACCGACACGCGGGCUGACCAGCUGGCUGCGGGGCUGCAGCGGGGCGGGCAGCUGGCGGCGGCGGGGAUGCUGGCGGCGGCGGCGGCUCUGGGCGGGGCCAUGCACAGGGGCGCGGACGCGGCAGUGGCUCGGUGGGCGCCGGCGGAGCAGCGGAAGGACCUGAGUCCAGAGGCGCAGGCCCGGCUGGACAAGGCCAAGUCGGUGGCGGCGCAGGUGGCGGAGGUCAGCGGCAAGGCUGUGGGCGGAGUGCUGAGUGUGACGGCGGCUGCUGCGGGCGCGCUGGCACAGAAGAUCAGCGGCACAGGCGUGGGACGCUCGCUGAGCAAUGGGCGCGUGGCGGGGGCGUCCGUGCAGGAUAUGCGCAAGGUGGGUGUGGCGGGUGUGGAGGCGGUGGAGGCUGUGUAUGAGGGCCUCGCGGACGCGGCACGUGUGCUGCUAGCGCACGGGCACAGCGCUACCACGCGCGUGGUCGACCACAAGUACGGCCCAGGGGCGGCGCAGGCCACGGGUGCGGGCUUCUGUGUGGCUCAGUCGGCGGCUGAGACGGGUCUGCACGUGAUGAAGCUGCGACCCACAGCCCUGGUGAAGAAGGUUAUCAAGGGGGCGGCCAAGCAGGUCGUGCUGGGCAGUGCAGCCAGCGCCAGUGCUGCCGCGUCUGGGCCUGGGGCUACCGCCAAUGGUCCCAAUGGUGCGGGUGGUGCGGGGGGUGCGGGUGGUCGUGGGAACGGGCAUGGAGGAGGUGGCGGCGGCGACCUGGCGACUGGACCCAUUGCGAGCAGCCAGAGUGCGCCGGCUGUGCUGAUGGCGCCCCUGCACCCACUGCCCAGCAGCGCCCAGACCUACCCGCACCCGCAACCCCACCCGCAGCAGCAGCAGCAGCAGCAGCAGCAGCAGCAGCGCCAGCAAGUGUCGACCCCGGUCGCGGCUGCCUCCACUCUUGCGGCACUCAGCGGUGGCCCGCAGCAGUACCCGCCGCAGCAGCCAUACCCGCAGCAGCAACAGCAGCCGCAGCCCCACGGGCAACCCCAGCACCCCUCGCAGCAGCCGCAGCAACAGUCCUUCACGCAACCUCCGCCGCAGCAGCGUCCGCCGCAGUCAGCUGCAGGAGGCGUGGCUGCAGGUGGUGUGGCUGCAGGCGGUGUGGCUGCAGGUGGUGUGGCUACAGGAGUGGCUGUGACGGGGCCGGUGCCCGCGUACCCCGUGGCGGGCCCUGCCACACGCCCGCAGCCGCAGCCGCAGUUGCAGCCGCAGUCUCAGCCGCUUCCAGUUGUGGACUACACGCCCUCCGCCGCGGCCUUCUACGCCGCGGCCGCGCCAGCGGCGGCGCCAGGCGAGGCUGGGCCGGCGGCGGCGUGGGGAGCAGCAGCAGGGCUGCCGUACCCGGCUGUCAGUGCGGGGCAGUACGGCGCGGGGUACUAUCCCGCCGUACCGCGCACGUAGUGCUGCAGCUUGACGGGAUGCCGUGUGCCGUGUAGGAUCUGCACAGCAUGGGUGUGUGACGUGUGUGACGUGCCGAUUGUUAAGGUGACGUUGCUUGCAAGGGGUUGAGCCGAAGAAAGGUGAUUGAAUGGAGAGUGUGUGUGUGUGUGUGAUUGGGGGUGGCCGUGCAGGUUGGUUCCGUCUGGUUACAGGCUAGAGGUGACGCGAUCAGCGGACAUGGAUGUACCGGUGCUCAUGAUUUGUAACUAUCAAGGCUGGGCACGUUGGGGUGCCUAAUGCCCCGUCCGUACGCCAUACGCUAAUAAGCGGGGCGGUAAAGCUGGCAUCCGCACCAGCCAGCAAACAACCACAACACCAAACACCGGCCACACACACUCAAUGGCUGCCGGCAAAAGGCUCCUCCUUGGGUGCCUCUGAGAAGUGCACACCAUGACACCACAUUGCAUUGUUUACAAGAGGGACCUGCUGGCGCCGGUUGCGAGCAAUAUCUGCACCACGUAUCGACAGUUUGUUGUAGGUUUGCCUCAUACUCGGGCUCGAGACACGGCCAUCAUGCCAGGCUAUGUACUGGCACCCUCUCCACAGUCUCAGACCCUCUCCGUGGCUCGCUAGCCAAGACAUCACUGCCAAGCUCUGUCGAUUCGCAUCCCAGCGCAUAUUUGCACAUAUAAAUGGCAUCUCUGCACGACGGCAAUGCAUUUUACUUCAAGGGCCCAGCCCCCCAAGACCAGUAAACGUAAGGCUAGGCCCGCAGCAUGGCCUACGGUGAGGCGCGCGGUGACCGACUGGGUGGCCGCAAUGUGGUGCAGCUGGACACUCGGGGGCUCUGAGCCCGUGCCGUUGGACGCACGGCCAUAAAGCAGGUGUUGUAGCGUUGCAGGGAGUCUACUGUGCGUGUGCCGGGACGCACGGCCAUCUGCGGGUUGUGUCGUUGUGAUAUGCAAUGACAAAGCCGCCGCUAGCGGGCGCGCCCGGGGGUGGGUACCUCCUACCUGCCACCAAACAGGCAAUCGGUAUGUGCCCGCGGAAGGUGCGCGCUCGUACCAGAAGGACUGCCGUGGAACGGAUUCUGAGGUGCAUCAGCCACAGCCAGCACUGAUGGCACGGUAACGGUAGGGAGCCUGGGACAGGGGGGGUCAGCUGUCAGCCGCGGCAGUGUGAGGGCUAAGUGUGUAGCCGUGCUUGUACCCCUGGGCUGGGUGCCGCCCAGGGGGCGUCCGUGUGAGGACUGCUUUGACGAGGUGUGGUGCUGGCGACUGUCAUGCAUGUACCAGAGGUGCUUGGAGGGCUGGGGGCAGGAGCGGGAUGCAGAAGAGGGGCGUGGCGGGCCCAGGAAGUGCACUCAGGGCACGGCCAGGGCAGCGUGGUACGGCCCGACCUGGCAGACGUCGGCGGUGGUGCUGUUGAACGGUGCAAUAAAUCAAAUAUACAGCUACACGGGUAGACCAUACGGCGCACUGGGCGAGCUGCAUUUGGCCAUGCUUCAGGAGUUGAGUUUGCAAUUCUUGCGCGGCCGGCCCGGUCGCGGGCCACUAAGGGUC